UUGCAUUUGACAGCAAAAAAGUGUACAUAACCUCAAAAAUUUAGUUUACGUCGAAUGAUUUCGGGAAAUUGGAUAAUUCAACAUUUGAUAUAUUUUCACCUGUUUUCAGCAUAAAAAAUCCUAUCCUAUGCAAAGAUUAUGUUAGAAUGUUAGUUUUAGAGGUUAUUAAGAGGUAAAAUUUUCCUUAUUGCUCAGAAUUACUGACGUGUCCUAAACAAUACGCCGAGAUGGAGAGGAAAACUAAUAAAAAAGCUACUGAGGACAAGGACAGUAAGAAGUUUACGGCGAUUUCAACAGUACAUUUAAACAUGAAGGGAGAUGAAAAAAAUAUUGCUUUGUUGUUUUUCCUUUAUACACUUCAAGGAAUACCUCUAGGUCUGAGUGCAGCUCUACCUAUGAUUUUGCAAAAUAGGGGUAUAACUUAUAAACAGCAGGCGGAGUUUAGUUUUGUUACAUGGCCAUUUAGUAUUAAAUUGUUGUGGGCGCCACUUGUGGAUUGUAUAUUCUCAAAGAAGAUUGGAAGGAGAAAAACAUGGCUAAUACCAACACAGUAUUUAUUAGGAACGUUUAUGAUAUAUCUAAGUCAUCAUGUGGACAAUUGGAUAGGGGAAACUCCCAAUAUUGAGUUACUAACAUUAACAUUCUUCAUUCUCAAUUUUCUUGCUGCUACGCAAGAUAUUGCUGUUGAUGGUUGGGCAUUGACUAUGCUUAAGAAAGAUAAUAUUGGACAUUCAUCGGCAUGCAAUAGUGUAGGCCAAACAGCCGGAUUUUUUCUAAGCUAUGUAUUAUUUAUGGCAUUAGAAUCUAGUAGUUUUUGUAAUAUGUAUUUGAGAUGGGAGCCAAAAGAUGAAGGCAUCAUAACCCUAUCAGGUUUCCUAUCUUUCUGGGGAUGGUUAUUUUUGGUAACAACCACAUUAGUAGCGAUUUUCAAAAAAGAAGAGGAACCUAGGGAUGGUGAUCGAGAAAUUAUCCAUAAUACAGAUAUUAACACUGCCUAUAAGUCUUUGAAGGAAAUAUUGGGACUCAAAUCAGUGCAGACAUUAAGUAUCAUAUUAUUAACUAGUAAGAUUGGAUUUUCAGCUACUGACAGUGUAAUGUCCUUGAAAUUAGUAGAAGCUGGUAUACCUAAGGAAAGACUUGGCCUUUUAGCAGUGCCUAUGAUACCUGUUCAAAUAGCACUUCCUUUGGUAAUAGCAAAAUAUACUUCAGGACCUCGUCCACUCGACAUAUAUGUGAAAGCUAUUCCUUAUAGAUUGAUGUUCGGGUUUGUGGCAGCAUUUUUGGUCUGGAUUACACCAACAUUUGUGCCAGAUGCUUCUCAAGGAUUGCCUAUCCUUUAUGUUGCAUUUGUGCUGAUUUGUUAUGUGAUACAUCAGGUAUGUGUCUACUGUAUGUUCGUUUCUGUGAUGGCAUUCUUUGCAAAAGUGAGCGAUUCAUCAGUUGGUGGCACCUAUAUGACACUCCUCAACACUUUGGCGAAUUUGGGAGGAAACUGGCCUUCACUGUUGGCCUUGUAUUUUGUUGAUCCACUCACUUGGAAACAAUGUGUGGGAGGGACGGAGGAGGUAGAUAACACUUGCAGGAACAUUACAGAGAAAAAUCUCUGUUUAUCUAGAGGGGGAGUGUGUCAAACAGUUUUCGAUGGAUUUUAUAUGGAAAUAUUCAUUUGUGCAAUCAUUGGCUUUUUGUGGUUAGCGUGGGGAAAGAAGAGGAUCAAUUACAUCCAGAAUUUGGAUGAUUACGCAUGGAAAUUGUCGAAAAGGAGGAGAUAGUAGUCGGAAAGGUAUACAUGUCGAUAUAUUUUCACAAACACCAGGUUUCAAAGAAUUUUGAAUAUGUGAAAUUUUGAUAUGCACUGUUGAAUAUUGAGAUUUAUAUUUUGUUAUAUUUUGAUUGCAGUGUGAUAUAAAUAUUAUGGAGUAGA